CUGAAGAUUAAAGAGUCAGAUAUCGCUAAGACCGCUUUCAGGACUCGUUACGGCCAUUACGAGUUCGUCGUCAUGCCAUUCGGUCUCAGUAAUGCUCCAGCGGUGUUCAUGGACCUGAUGAACUGUAUUUUCCAUCCCUACCUCGAUCAGUUUGUUAUUGCAGGUAUCGAGGUGGAUCCUUCUAAGGUUUCAGCCGUUCAAAAUUGGUCAGCACCGAGGAGUCCGACUGAGGUUCGCAGUUUUCUCGGUCUAGCUGACUACUAUCGCAGGUUCAUCGAGGGCUUUUCCAAGAUUGCCCUCCCUUUAUCCCAGCUGACGAGGAAGUCUGUGAAGUUCGAGUGGACUGGCAGAUGUGAGUCGAGCUUUCAGGAGCUCAAGAGGAGAUUAACUUCAGCACCGGUGUUGACUAUUCCCGAUCCUUCUUGGAGUUUUACCAUUUUCAGUGAUGCUUCCAAGCAGGGACUGGGAUGUGUACUCAUGCAGGACGGCCAGGUCGUUGCCUAUGCUUCACGUCAGCUCAAGCCGCACGAACAGAACUAUCCGACGCACGACUUAGAUUUAGCCGCAGUUGUCCAUGCCCUCAAGAUUUGGCGACACUAUCUUUAUGGAGGUCGUUGCGAGAUUUUCACAGAUCAUAAGAGCCUGCAGUACAUCUUCACACAGAAUGAGCUUAACAUGAGACAGCACCAUUGGCUCGAGCUCGUCAAGGAUUACGAUUGCUCGAUUCAGUAUCAUCCGGGAAAGGCGAACGUCGUUGCUGACGCUCUAAGCCGAAAGAUGAGGGGUGACUUGACGUACGUCAUUACUCAGCAAAGUCUGUUGAUUCAGGAGUUCGCCCGGAUGCAGAUUCAAUUGGUCGAUGCACUUCCCACAGCCAUUACGGGGAGUAUUA